CAUGGGAGGAUGCUCGUGCCCCGUCAGACAUUCCUCCCAUCUUCUCCCUCCCUAACCACUGGAAUCAAAAGUUCUUGCUCCUCCUCUUCAUCAGUCAACUAGCUAUCGGUGAGCAGUAGCACCGGCCGGAGAGGAGCUGGUGUCUUGAGCUUCCUUGUGCGAGAGAGAGAGAGAGAGAGAGAGACAGAGACAGAGAGGUGGCUUGGUUCAUCUGCAUUCUGCAACAGUCACCAUCGCUGCUUUUCAGCUCCUCUGCUUUCCCUGCCCGUCUCUUUUGGCCCCCAUCCAGCAUCCUCCAACUCCCAAUCCCCCUUUUGCUUUCCCACAUCUUUGCUCCAAUAAUGAUGGGCUGGUGGGUUUGGUCCUGAAGCUGCAUCCACACUCUCUCCCUCGUCCAAAUCCACCACCAGCUUGCUUUCCAUCCUGCUCUUUCCCCCUUUCCUCUUUUCAGCUAUAGUUGGGUAGUAGGUUGGUUCUGUUUGCCUUCCCCCCCUUCUUUUCCUUGCUGGGGAUUGGGAGGCCUUCAAGCCAUCUCCUUCCCUGUCCACAUCUCGCUCCUUGUAGGCUGGUGCUGGUUGCUGCUGGUGCUAGCCUCGUGCUAUUGGCUCCCCAAUUUCUUGAUUGGACUAGUGGGUGCCAACGACAACUUGUCUUGUUGGUUUUGCUUCUUGCUUCAGUUGGUGCUCUGCCGGGAGCACGAACUGUAGCGUGUUCUUGCGCCGGGUUCCUGUGGCUUCUUACUGUUAAUCGGUUCCAGUUGGGGCGGCUCUUCCCCUUUUGGAGUCUGCCAUGAGGCCUGAGGAGAGGAAUGGUGCGGUGAGAAGGGUGAGGGACCAGUUCCCGGUCGGCAUGCGGGUCCUCGCCGUGGACGACGACCCGGUUUGCCUCAAGGUGCUUGAGACCCUCCUACGGCGCUGUCAGUAUCAUGUGACAACGACGAAUCAGGCUGUCAUCGCCCUGAGGAUGCUAAGGGAAAACAGGGACUUGUUUGAUUUAGUUAUCAGUGAUGUGCACAUGCCAGAUAUGGAUGGCUUUAAGCUUCUGGAGCUUGUGGGGCUUGAAAUGGACCUCCCUGUCAUAAUGCUAUCUGUGAAUGGAGAGACAAAAACUGUAAUGAAGGGGAUAACUCAUGGUGCCUGUGACUAUCUCCUAAAACCUGUUCGGCUGGAAGAGCUUAGGAAUAUCUGGCAGCAUGUUGUUAGGAGGAAAUUCAGUAACCGUGAGCGUGCUAAUGUUGAUGGCUAUGAGGAGUGCAACAGGCCAUUAAAUGCAGAUUUUGAUAAUGUGCUUGACCAAACAUGUGUGUCACCUGACCAAAGUGGAAGGCCCAGCAAGAAGAGGAAGGAAUACUACAGUGAAGAGGAAGAUGAAGGCGAGGAGAGUAAUAGCCAAGAAAACGAUGAUUCUUCAGCUCCAAAGAAGCCAAGGGUUGUUUGGUCAGUUGAACUGCACCGAAAAUUUGUUGCUGCUGUUAACCAGCUGGGAAUUGACAAAGCUGUGCCUAAAAGGAUACUUGAGCUCAUGAAUGUUGAGAAACUCACCAGGGAAAAUGUUGCAAGUCACCUACAGAAGUACAGACUCUAUCUCAAACGGCUAAGUGCUGUGGCAUCACACCAAGCUAGCAUUGUUGCUGCUUUGGGAGGCAGUGACCCCUUUAUGCACAUGAGUGCAUUUGAAGGGCUCCAGAGUUAUCAAGGUUUUACCUCUUCAGCAGCUCUGUCAUCUUUCAGUCCACAGGGGUUGUUAACUAGAAACAAUCCAACAUCAUUCGGGAUUCAAGGGAUGGCUGCUUCCAGGCCAAUUCAGAUUGCAUCUGUAAAUUCGACAAUAAGCCAUUCCAUUGGUGACACAAACAAAUAUCAGCUUAGCUUACCAGGUACUAGUAACCGACCAGGAAAUUUGGCAGAAGGUUUGAAGGCAACUUCAGUUGGGCAGGUCCAGCUGCCACAAAAGUGGAUACAAGAAGAAACCCAUGACUUAUCUACUAUCAUUUCUGGGAAUGGCCUGGUUAAUGGUGUGCCUGGCGCACUCCGAAGUGUCGCAGACAGUCCUUUGCUGCAGCAAGACCUUGUUGAACGCAGACAGGCCAACAUAGUUAUCCAGCGGUCUUCAUCUGCAAAUUCAGAACAUCUUGAAGGCACCACCGGAGUUUCUUCCUGUCUGAUGGAUUCUCAUAUAUCCCAACAGAGUGGUCUUCUGUUGUCUGCGUUUUCUGCCAGUGCAGUGCCUAUGAAUGGCUCAUUCAGCGGUACUAAUGUAGCCAAGUUGGGUGCUACAUCCUCUGGAAGCACAAAUAUUUGCCCCUCGCACGACCUGAGAGUAGCAAGAGACAACGACGUGGGAGAUAGCUCUUUUGGUAGUGUGAUACUUUUGCCUCCAGACACUGCACAAAACCAAAAAUACUUGAAUUUUGGUGGUGGAAGCAGUGUGAGACACAACAUGGAUGGAGGGAACGCAGACACUCUAUUGGAUGCAAAGCUUGCAUGGAGUUCUUUGCCAACCUCUCAACCACCAAGUAAUAUUGGAAGUCAUCAUCCCUUGAGCCAAAGACCGAAUAAUGGUAGCCUUGGUGUCAAGAUGAUUGAGCAGACAAGAGCUUCAAUAGCUGCUCCACAAACAAAGUUUGACAUGUUUAUUUCAGGAGAUAUACUGACACCAAAGAACGCAUCGGAUUUGAGCUUUCCUAGGCUUAACAGUGAGCUUAGUUCAAGCAGCUGCAGCUUCGACGGCCUUCUCAAUUCCAUAAUCAAAAUGCCAUUUCAUCUAACAGCGGUCUUUAUCCACGUGCAGGAGAAGGAUGAUGCUUCCUUCAGCGAUGAUCUAGGAUGCGACUUCUACUCCCUGGGUGCCUGCAUAUGAAAGCCACCGCCACAUUCCUGCAUCUGUGUACAUCUCUCAUUGUAUGCUGUGUAGCUAGCGUUAAUCUUAGGUGAACUGUGGCGGUACGCCCAUUUGGCUAUUUGUGCUGUUCACUGUGCAGCGGUUACAGUAACUAAUAACUACUAGGUUUGUAUGUAAUGUAGCAGUAGGAUAUCUGGAAGAUAAUAUGGCUUUGUAAGUUGCAACCUGGAGCUCUUCGUCUUCACCCAGUCACCCAUGGAUUCGUCCUCACCUGAUUACCUUUGAUUUUGUACU